AUGAACAGCUUGGCCUCAAACCAGCCAGCCCGAUUCAGUGAUGAUCCAGAAGUGAUUGAAGAAAGAAAACUAAUCGAUUAUUCGAAGAAAGUAACAAUUGAAGAUGCGAAAAAUGGAAAAGUAACCCGUCCAGUUCGUGUUUAUGCAGAUGGUAUCUAUGACAUGUUUCAUCAUGGACAUGCCAAACAAUUCUUGCAAAUCAAGCAGGCAUUCCCAAACGUUUAUUUAAUUGUUGGAGUAAAUUCUGAUGAAGAAACAUUGAAAUACAAAGGACGAACUGUGCAAUCGGAGGAUGAGAGAUAUGAAGCAAUUCGUCAUUGUAGAUAUGUGGAUGAAGUGUGCAGAGCAUCUCCAUGGACAUUUCCUAUUCAAUAUCUGAAGGAUUUAAAGGUCGAUUUCAUUUCUCACGACGCUCUCCCAUACCAAGGACCUCAAGGAGAGGAUAUUUAUGAAAAAUAUAAGAAUGCAGGAAUGUUUUUGGAGACGCAGAGAACUGAAGGAAUUUCAACAAGUGAUUCAAUCACUAGAAUUAUCAGAGAUUACGAUACGUAUGCGAGAAGAAAUUUGAAGAGAGGAUACUCGCCUAAAGAAUUGAAUGUCGGAUUCUUGACGACGAGCAAGUACCGUAUCCAGGACAAAGUAGACGAGGUAUGCGAGAUGGGACGAGAAUUCUUGCAAGUCUGGAAAACGAAUGCCGAGCACUACAUCGAUUCGUUCUUACAAACAUUCGCUCGCGACGCGUCGAUUUCGGAUGAAGUGAAGAAAUCAGCGUCUGGUGUGAAGAUGGAAUACGGUCAUGGAGGCGUCAAGGAGAAGAAUAAAUAG